AUGAGCAAAAGAUUUCGUUGUGGUCGUUUGUUGCUAACUAAAGAUGGUACUGUAAAAAAACUUGAUCUUGAAAAUGGUGGUGGUUGUCGUUCAUGUGAAUGGCAAAACAAAGAUAUGACUUUUGAUAAUGUUCAUCAUCUCCUUCUUAACAUUUUUAAAUUGAGUAAUUUGACAGAAAAAAAAAUUGAUAAUUUAAUAUUUCGAUUUUCUUUUUAUUGUUUUAAAGCUGAUACUGAACUUGAAACAUCAUUAUAUGACUUUCAACUUCAACCAUUGAAUAUUAGUCAAUACCAAAUAUUUUCGGAAUACAUUAAUCAUUAUGGAUUAAGUUGUAAUAGUACUGUAAUUUAUUUAUGUGUUCAUGAAGCUAAUAGUAAUGAUACAACAAAAAAAUAUAUGAUUAAAAAGAAAACAAAACUUACCACAACAACAUCAACAUUCGAGCAAGAGACAUCUAUACGGACAGACACAAGCUCAUCAAUAACAUCAAUUGAAUAUAAACAUGUUGUUAAAAAUGAACAAGAUUUUGAUCAACAACAAAAUUAUACUGCUUCAUCUGAAUAUUCAUUUAUUAAUUCAAUUAAUGAUUUAAUGAAAAAUAUUCGUGAGUUAGUUUGUAAAAAUAAUUUUGACGAAAAUUUGAUUCAAUUAUUUGAAAAUAUUUCCAUAAUUCAUGGUUAUGUACGUUUAACAAUUGAUCCAUUAGCAAAACAAAUUCAAAAAUUAAAGGAAUAUUUUCAAGAAAUUAAACAAUCUGGUAUUACUCUACAUUCAAAUUGUUUAAAUAAUAUUCUGGAUAUUUGCCAAUCAACAACAACAUUACUUGUUACAAAAAACAAAAAAUGUAGUCUUAAUCAAGACUAUUUAAUGAUUGUUAGUUCAUUUACUCAAUUUUAUCAAAACGUCAAGACUUUACAUUGUCAAUGGUUUCAAUGUGUUGAAAACAACGACAAAUCUGAUACAGUUUCUUCUUCAUGUAUUAAUUCAAUUGGACAAGCAACAUCAACAUCGUCUCAUUUGAAUAUUCAAUGUUUAUCUCAGCAUACUUUUAAAACAAAUACAGAAACACUCAGCAAAGAAAAUCAAGAAAAUAUUGUUUUAUUUCAACAACUGUUGAACUGUUCAAGAGAUUUAUUAAAUGUUAUGUAUAGUCCACGUUUAUCAACAUUUCGUACUAUGAUGAAAUCAAUUAUUCUUGAAAUAGAAUCCAUACAAUCAACUAUUGAUAUAUAUAAUUCUGAAUCUUUAUGUAAUGCAAAAAAUGUUGUGAUUUCAUUAAAAACUCGUUAUACAAACAAAUUUAGUUCCGAUGCUUUUAUGUCACCUACAUAUCAAAUUACUCGAUCAGUUAAACAAGCAUAUCAGAAAACGUUAAGAGCAAUAUGUGAUUUAAUUACAAGUCUUAGGCGUUAUCAAACGAAAGAGGUUAAUAAUUAUAGGAAAAGCUCAAAUCACUCAUCAACUCCCUUAUCGAUAACUGGCCGGGAACAAUGGAAAAAUAGACAAUCAAACCGAUCGUAUAAACGAAAAUCAGAAAACUUACAUGCUAAUAAUUAUAGUCGAAACAAAACCGCAUCACAUUCAUCAUCUGGACGCCCAAGUUUACCACAAAAUACUGAAAGAGUACAUAAGCGAAAAUUUGAUGAGUCUGAUUAG